AAAGUUGGUUGAGAGUGAACAAUAUUUUUAAUUGAACCGCUUAUUUGAUAAAUAAAAAAUAAAUUUAUUUUAUAAAAGAAAAGGUAUUUAAGAGUUAGUUGUGAGGAGAAGGGGUCGUUACUAGUUAUUCGUUACUCAUCCAUCAAGAUUGAAAACAGAGCAGCGAAGGUUUUAGAAAAAAAUGAAGAAAGUGAUGAAGAUCAUCAAGCCGAAGCCUGAUCCAAAGCAACGCUUACGUGAUUGGCAACGCAAACUUCGCCAGGAGUGCCGUGACAUCGAACGCCAAAUCCGAGAAUCGCAAGUGUUGGUUAGAUUCUUGAGAUUCUUGGUUUUUUCAGAUAUAGAGAAAGAAGAGAGAACGGUACAUAAAGCUAUUAAAGAGGCUGCUAAGCGGAAUGAUAUGGUCUCAGCUAAGGCGCUUGCUAAGGAGAUUGUGAGUUCGAGAAGAACAGUUAACAAGUUAUAUGAAAACAAGGCUCAGAUGAAUUCUAUAUCAAUGCAUCUCGGAGAGAGUAUUGCUGUUGCUGGAACAGUUGGGAAUCUCUCCAAGAGUACAGAGGUUAUGAAGCUUGUUAAUGAUCUCAUGAAGGCUCCACAAAUGGCUGCAAUUAUGCAGGAGUUCGGCAAAGAGAUGACUAAGGCUGGAGUUAUUGAGGAGUUUGUGAUUGAUGCCAUUGACAAUGCACUAGAUUCUGAGGGUAUGGAAGAAGAGAUCGACGAGGAGGUUGAUAAAGUAUUGACUGCUAUUGCUGGAGAAACCGCUGCUGAGCUCCCAGAAGCUGUCAGGAAAGAAAGGAUAAAGGAAGAGGCAAUUGCAGAAGGUGUUGAUGAUGAGGAAGAAUUGGAAGAGAUUCAGCUCGGCUUGCUAAAGUUAGAUCCUAACUGAUUCCAAUGAUUCUUUACACACCAUUACUCUUGAAAGGUGAUGAGUAUAUAAGGAGGUUGCAGCCAGCCAGUGUAUUGUAUAUAAUAUUAGUUGAAUUACUGUAUACAAUGCAACCAUAAGCCACCUUUUGUUAACAAAAUUUCGUUUCUACGAGUUAUUGAAAACAA